UCAGAUUUGACAGAGGAUGUGAGGGAGAGAUGCGUCAGUCAGUUCACGUGUUGACAAGAAGAAUCAUUCCUGAUCUCAUGACGGAUUGCACCAAGAUCAUGAACAUUCUUGAUAGACUUUCAGAGGCCUCUGGAGCUAUAAUGCAACAUGUGAAGAAAAAUGGAGGCUUGAAGAUGGCCAUGAAGCUUUUAGAUACGGGUAAAUACAUAAUAAUUUGCAAACAAAUACAUGAUUCCUUUCCCUCAGAGGACGUCAUCAAUAAUAAAUUCAUCCCUCAGUUGUUGAAUGCAAUGAGUGAUCUUCCUAAUGAAAAAUAUGCCUUGGAUGAAAGGCAGCAGUUACCAGAUGUGAAGCGCCUUAAAAACGACCUCAUCAGCAUCAUGGGGGAAAGUGUUCUAGACUCAUUGGUGGCGGCUUGUUCCAGGCACAUGACCUCCUUCCUGAACAAAGCCUGCAUGCACAAAAUCAGCAACGCUGCUGGAAGCACUGUCAGCAAUUUACUGGGCAGGACCGAUACCCAAAAUUUCUUUGACAACCAGGUUUAUAAGAACCACAUGAAACAGGCUGUCCAAAGAACAAGUCAGUCCCUAUCUGAGGCUGAGCAGCAAGACUUAGAGCGCUACAUUGAGGGAAUCAGUGAUAAGAACCAACCUGCCACAGCUCUGCACAUCCAUAUCCUCACCCAAAGUGACUCCCUUCAAGGAAAAGGCAUCAGACUGAUUGUGGUUGACAAGCAUGAGAGAAAAUUGACAGAGGAUUAUUUUCCAGGGAAAGACAGCUCUGCCGAAGACAUCGUGAUCCGACUGAGGAGAUACCCGGACGCUCCAUAGCAGACACAGGGGUUCUUCUCAAAGAUGAAGAAACAGGCUCGAGGUGAGCAGACCCCCCAAAGAGGACACUUUGAGCUGGUUGGAGCGGACGGCUCUGUGAUCCCGGUGUAUUCAGAGGGCCAGAACUGCCUCUAUCAUGCUGUGGUCCAGGCCACCCAGAGGACCCCAUCAGACCUGAACCAGCAGGCGCUGGCCCUCCGAGCCCAGGUCCAACGCACUCUGCAGCAGGAUGUGCAACGAUACGCACCAGCUCUGAGGUUGCAGAGGCAAUAUGAGCAGACGCUGGCAGCCAGGAGUUGCUACACCAUUAGUGGAGGGGCCAAAAAAGACCGAGACCAGAUCACGGAGGCAUAUCAGCAGAUGCUGAACAAGAUCCGCAUCAGCAACCCACAGCUUUACCAGCUCAUGAAGACCUACAAGCUAGGACUGGUGGGGGCGUACCAUGAUGUAAUAGGUGUCCGGCGGGAAAGCGGAUCUCCCAACAACAAUGGCGACCCUGUUAUGAAUGCAGACCACAUCCCUCCCAGAGACUGCCUGCAAAAGGCCUAUGACAUUCUGCAGCAAAAAGGGAUGACAGAAGCCUUCAGGACCGAACAUCCAGCCCUGUACGAGAUUAUGGUGGGAAAAGACAAGCAGUUGUGCAGAGAGGUGCUGGCUCAACACCACCGGAUGGCCCUGACCACCGGCAACAGCAGGGAGGCUCGUAGCACCAGGGCUGAGAUCACCAACGCUCUGGUAAGCGGAGACAGCGUUAAACUGAUGAAGAUGUCACUACUCCUGUCCAAUCCAGAGGUGUCAGAGUCUCUGAGAAGGGAUGCAGGAAUCAGCCGAAAGCAGGUCAUGGGGAAUUACCUGUCGAGAGAAGAGAUCCAGGCGUACCACCAGGUGGGAGACCAACUGCUGCUAGACGGAUACUCAGCAUCAGGGCUGUUUACCAACAACCAGAGAGAGGAGCUGCAGGACUGGCUGGACAGGGGGCAGCUUUACUCUAAGGAGACAGCAGAGUACAAGCAGCUGCUGGCCGCCAUCGGAGACGGAAACAACAAAAAGCAGCCUAAAAAAGGCAUCUCUAAAAGCAAAACCGGGCUCAGUGUGAGCGGCCAUCUGCCGAGGCCGACUGGGGUUCAAGGAGACAGAAGCAGAAAUAGAAAAAAAAGCAUAGAUACAAAUGUUAACUGUCAACUAGCUCCACAGGCGGCCCCCUCCAGGAAACAGACAGCCAGAACCCACGUAUUGGAUCAGGAUCCCUUUGUUUACACCCAGAGACCAACUGCUCGCCUUACAGAGCUCUGCUGUGUUGCUGCCCAAGGAGCAUGUCCAUAUCGCCGCAACCUGAGGAGGAAGAGACGUGGCGGACAUGCUGGAGUCGGGUGA